AAAACAAAACCCCAAAAAGUAGGCGGCGUCCAGCGGACUCCCAUUUUCCCCAAAUCCAAUCCAUCUCAGUUCACCUGCCUUCUUCUUCCUUCUUUUCCUCUUUAAUAAUCCCUUCUCCCUUCCCCCCGCAUUUGAUCUAACGCGGUAUGCUCACGACUCACGCCGCCAUGGCCACCAGCACCUCCUCCUCCUCCUUCCCUCCCCCGGAUCCCUCCUCGGACGCCGACCUCCUCCGCCUCCUCCUCCUCUUCUCACAUGACCUCGCCGCCUACGCCCACCAACAGCAACACGCGUCGGCUUCUUCUCCGUCCCACCUCCGCGUCAAUCCCAACUUUUCCUCCGUCCCCCGCAACGCCAGGCAGCUCGCCCUCCUCUUCGAGGAGCUCCUCCGUGAGUACGACGACAGCCGCCUGUUGCCCCGCUCUGCCUCCCUGUGCUUCCGCGAGAUCCUUCUCGUCUUCCACCGCCUCAAGAUUCUCCUGCACGACCGAUCCGCCCGCAGCCGCGUUGCCUUCCUCUUCCGCGCCGAGCGCCUCGCCGAUGAGAUCCACGGGCAGGUCGUCGAUCUGGUCACCUUCCUCGAGAUCCUCCCGCUGGGUGAGCUUAGAAUCUCCGAGGAUGUUAGGGAUCUCGUCCGCCUCCUCCGCCGGCAGAUCCGCAGAUCGUCGCCCGCCGUCGAUCCGCCGUCUCUCGCCCUCCGCAGAGACGUCCUCGAGCUCAUCGCGAGUGUUGAAGGCGGCGCCGUGCCUGAUCGGAGCGGGAUGCAGGGUAUAUUCCGCCGGCUAGGCCUUGCGGACUCCAGGAGCUGUCGAAUGGAGAUCGAACGGAUGGAAUGCGACGUAGCCGACGGUGCAGUGGAUGAGAGGUGGGCGGUAGUCAUGGUGGCACUCGCCUCGAUCCUUCGGUAUGGCAGCUGCGUUCUCUUUGGCGCCUCGACUCCGCGAUCGGGUUCGUCUUCCAGAGACAGCAAGUCGCCCUUUUCGGCCACAGAGGACCUUGUGGUGCCGGAUGAUUUCAGAUGCUCUAUAUCGCUGGAGCUGAUGCGCGAUCCGGUGGUUGUGGCCACCGGGCAGACAUAUGAUCGGGAUUCCAUUGCCCGGUGGAUCACCUCCGGCCAUGCUACGUGCCCUAAUUCUCGUCAGGUACUCACACACCUCGAGCUCGUCCCUAAUCUGGCCCUCAAGAACCUUAUCGCCCGAUGGUGCCGAGACAACAAUAUUCCCUUCGAUGGAUCCGACACCACCAGUAACAACAGCACCAACAACAAGAUGACUGUUUCGGCUGACAACGGUUCCGCCCACGCCGAGACUAACAAAGCGGCCCUCGAGGCGGCGAGGUUGACGGCGUCGUUCCUCGUGGAUGAGCUCGCUGCGGCAUCGUCGACAGAUGCUGCGCACCGGAUCGUCCAUGAGCUCCGGCUUCUGGCGAAGCACGGCUCCGACAACCGUGCCUUCGUGGCGGAGGCCGGCGCAAUUCCGCUGCUCCUCCCGCUUAUCGAAUCGGCAGAUGCCGGGCUUCAGGUCAACGCCGUGACCGCGUUGCUCAACCUAUCGAUUUUGGAAGCCAACAAGCGGCGCAUCAUGCACACGGACGGCGCCGUCGACGGCAUCGUCCACGUUCUCGCAGAUGGCGUCUCGUGGCAGGCGAAGGAGAACGCCGCCGCCACCUUGCUAAGCCUCUCCACCAUCCACUCCUACCGGCGGCGCCUCGCGCGACACCCCCGCGUGGUCGAGAGCUUAGUGCAGAUGGCGCGCGAUGGCCCCACCAGCUCGAAGAAAGAAUCCAUGGCCGCUGUGCUGAGCCUCGCUGGAGACCGGGAAAACACUGCUCGUCUGAUCGAGGGCGGCGUAGUUGCAGUAGCCCUCGAAGUCGCCGCUGAACCCGAGGUCGCGGAGGAGGCGACCGCGGUGCUGGCGGCUAUCGCGAGGAGGGGUGGGGUGGAGGCGGUAGCCGAGGCGAACGGUGCAGUGCCGCGGCUCGUCGGGGUUCUCCGCCGCGGCUCCGACUGGGCAAAGGAGAGCGCUGCCGCGGCGCUAGUGGCGGUGUGCCGGUGGUCAGGGGCUACCGUCGUCGCUGAACUGGCGGCAAUGCCGGGGAUCGAGUGGGUAAUAUGGGAAUUGAUGGGGGCUGGGACGGAGCGGGCAAGGCGAAAGGCCGCCUCGCUGGGUCGGAUCUGCCGGCGGUGGGUGGCAACGGUGGAGGCCGAACGGAUGUCAAGAUACUCCGCCAUCAACGUCACGCCACCUACGACGGUCGCAUAGAAGUUUGUUGAAAGGUCAACACAGCACAUCGCUGUCAGACAGCCAUCAGAUUAGAUAUUCCCCAACAGCAAAUUGGACGGACACGAUUCUUUCUCGUGAGUUGUGCAUAGACGAGUGGAUUCUUUCUUUCGUUCUUUUUUCUUUUAAUUUAAAUUUUACUGCAAAAUUGAAUUCCUCGUAAUUUCGGGAAUUACAAAUGAAAUUGUUCUUCAGACUUAAGAUGUCAAUUUCGAACAAAAUGUGUUAUUUAA